AUCGCUGGCCCUAUCAGACACACGCCUUAUUAUUAAUAUUCUUUCUUUACCUUUUACUUUUGGAAUUCAGAAAAUACCACAACAACAUCCAUAAUUUUUGGAUUCCCUUCCCAAAACGAGAGAACAAGAAGAAGGAGAGAGAGAGAUUGGAACGGGAAAACGAAGGAGUGCAUUCUUUCUCUUUCUUCGCCAUCCACUUCCUCUCCCCUCUCUUCUUUUCUCCCCUUUCAUUCAUCAAGGCGUAGGAGUAUUCACGAUGGUUGCAACAGCCGUAACGGCGUCGUUUAUCCCUGUUGUGCCUUCGCCGGACUCUGGAAAAGGGAAGCAGACGCAGUCGGGUGGUGGCUCUGCGAGCCUUAGAGGACUCCAACCGAGAAAUGGUUUAUGCGGUGGCUUGCAGGUGAAGGCAAACGCUCAUGCCCCUCCCAAGGUUAACGACACCGUGAAGGUUGAGGAUGAUUUGCCAUCUUCAUCGCCACUCACUCAUGCUCCCAGGACUUUCAUUAACCAGUUACCGGACUGGAGCAUGCUUCUCGCCGCCAUCACCACCGCCUUCCUAGCUGCGGAGAAGCAGUGGAUGAUGCUCGAUUGGAAGCCGCGCCGCCCCGACAUGCUCGUUGACCCCUUUGGGAUAGGAAAGAUUGUGGAGGACGGGCUUGUGUUCAGGCAGAACUUCUCAAUUCGGUCCUACGAAAUUGGCGCUGACAAAACCGCGUCUAUAGAGACGUUGAUGAAUCAUUUGCAGGAGACAGCUCUUAAUCAUGUUAAGACUGCGGGGCUUCUUGGUGAUGGCUUUGGCUCCACGCCUGAAAUGUGUAAGAAGAACUUGAUUUGGGUGGUUACCAAGAUGCAGGUUGUGGUUGAUCGGUAUCCUAAAUGGGGUGAUGUUGUUCAAGUCGACACUUGGGUUUCCGCAUCAGGGAAGAAUGGUAUGCGUCGUGAUUGGCUUGUGCGUGAUGCCCAAACGGGUGAAAUCUUGACAAGAGCCUCCAGUGUUUGGGUCAUGAUGAAUAAAGUGACAAGGAAACUGUCUAAAAUUCCCGAAGAAGUCAGGGGAGAGAUAGGCGCUUAUUUUGUGGAUUCUGCUCUAGUUGUGGAAGAGGAUAAAAGAAAGCUAUCCAAACUUGAUGAUUCAGCUAAUUUCAUUCGCACUGGUUUAAGUCCUAGAUGGAGUGAUCUAGAUGUUAACCAGCAUGUUAACAAUGUGAAAUACAUUGGGUGGAUUCUGGAGAGUGCUCCACAACCACUUUUGGAGAGUCAUGAGUUGUGUGCCAUGACUUUGGAGUACAGAAGGGAGUGUGGCAGGAACAGUGUGCUGGAUUCCCUGACUGAUAUAUCUGGUGCUAAUGUAGGCAGUUUAGCUGACGGUGGACUUUUUGAGUGCAAACACUUGCUUCGGCUUGAAGAUGGUGCUGAAAUUGUGAGGGGUAGGACCGAAUGGAGACCCAAGUCUGCAAACAACUUUGGAGUUGUGAGUCAGGUUUCAGCAGAAAGCACCUAAAUAUUGAUUGUCAAUAACUGGAGGAGUGGCAUAACUCCCUUUCCCAUGUGCAGAUUGGAUCAAACCUCGUCAGAGCUUCGUUUUUGUUUUUAUCAAGAUCUACAUGUCUUAAAUAUAUAAAAUUUGUGUUACUUGUAAAGAAGGGAAAGGGGAAAGUUGAAUUCCAUUUCAUUUAUGGUCAUGCUACUCUUAGGUGUCAUCAAUAUUCAAUUGUUCGUCAAAAUGGCUAAGCCUGUAUAUUAGUAUAAUUUCUUUUUCCUUUCCCUUCAAAGGAAAGACGCAACAUACCAAAACCAAUAAAUGUAUCUAUAGGUUGCAGGCUGACUUGGGUCUCUCAUUUGCUGUUUUUAUGGUAAGUUAAGCCAUUUCUUCC